UCCCUGCUCUGUGGUUAAAUAUUGAUGACACCAGGAGGCAGAGGCCCGGAGAGAGCACACCACGUAUCCCCCUGCGGUGCUGGCACCCCCGACCGGGGUCCUCUAAGCCCAUUUCUCGGGGCUGGGAAGAGGGUCUGGAUGUUUUCUCUUUACUUGAGGCCACCAUAUAAGAAAGUGAGCACUGGGCUCCUGGUUCUUUAAGCAAUUAAAACCGGGUGGAGCCUGUUUGCCACCCGAGGCCACUCAUUCAAGAGGUCAGUCACCCCAGAGUAGCAGAGAAGACUCCAGGCCUGGGCGUGUGCUAAGAGCAGAGCUACCAGAUGGGAUGGGCUGCCACAGACUAAUCCCAGGUGACAGCUGAGUGGAGAGCUCAAGUGCAAAGACCAUCCUGUGCUUCGGUGAGAGGAGGAGGAAGAAGACACAGCAAUCAGUGCUGCUCCCCAAAGCAGAUCAAGGCCGGCCCCAGGAGCCUAGGACCCAGGGGCUCUGCAGGGCUUUGCGCAGGGGCCAGCACCUAGGAGGCCAAGAGGGCAGCUGAGGGGCCGAAGGGGCCUAAGGACUUCGUCAUCAGAAAUGUACCCCAGCCAGGAGCAGGGCAUGCCCCAUGGUGAGGGCGUUACCGGAGCCCCAGCUGGCACUGUGGUGCCUCAGGAGCUGCUGGAAGAAAUGCUUUGGUUUUUUCGGGUAGAAGAUGGUAAGUGGCGGGGGACUGGGGAGUGGGGUAACAUCAGAACCAUCUCCCCCAACAGUUCCCAGGACAGCCUACUGGGUCUUCCCCUCAAACGCCCCAACGCAUCUGGGAAACCCAGGCCUCCCCCAGCCACGCAGUACCCCCGGCUCAGGGAACGCACGCUCAACAGUGUUUUCUUUCCCCCCAGAAAGCAAAAGAAGCUGCCACGGGAAAAACCAACUCCGGAAGUCUUGACUGAGGCCGGAACCAAAGAUGACAACAAUCUGAACAUCCUAAGAGAGACUUUGCUCUCAGAAAAGCUAAACUUGGCCGAGGUGGACAUUGAGUUAAAAGAGAGGAGCAUGCCAGCAGUCUUCCUUCCAGACCCACGGGAAUCCGAGAGCUAAUGAGAGGGCAGGGCAGGGCCCCAUGUUGUGAGCAGAUAAACCGAAAGAAGUGCCAUCCAACUAAAAUUCUGUUAUGGGGGAAAAACCCCCACAAACCACCUUUUUAUUAAAACGCUUCUGAAUA